CUGUCAAGACCCACAAAGCAGAGACACCUCACCUGCAAGAACCAUGAGAUCUGCCGCUUUCAUCCUGCUGGCCUGCCUGUUGUCUGUAAAUGUUAACGGCAUGGUGAUACCCAGGGGUCGGUGUCAGUGCAUGGAUACUGGCAUAGACUUCAUCAGACCCAAACUGAUAGAGAAGAUAGAGGUGCUGUCUCCCAGUUUAUCCUGCGAACACCUGGAGAUCAUUGUGACUCUAAAGGAAGGAGGAGAACAGAAAUGUCUGAACACACACUCGCAUUUUGCAAAGAAUUUAAUCAAGAAUAUGGAAAAAGACAAGAGGAGCAAUGCCAGAAGGGAUGAAAAGAAACAUUCAGUCCACUGAAAGCAUGGCCAGUGAGAUCUGAGAGAUGACACCAAGUAAACUACCAAAUGUGUGAUUCAAAUGCUUUGACAAAAUGCAAAUUGAACAGUGUAAAUACUGAAAGAUCUAUGUACAGUUGUAUAGUUAAUAUAUUCACUUAAUUGUAUAGAACUAUUCUAAAUUAUGUUCCAUAAUUUCUUUUGUAUUGAAAGCUCAAGGCAAUUUCUAGGCAGUUAAAAACCAAUGUGUUUGAUUUUAAUAACACCAUUUUUGAUGUAUACUUUGAUGUAAAUAAAAUAUUUGUUAUUACACUUCA